AAGAGAAAGUAUGUAGAUCAUCCGCCGACACUGUGUAGAUGCAUGGGAGGAGCUAGGCCAAUGCAAGAGAUGGAUCUCCGUAAUAAUAACCUACCAAAGUUUCCGAUUCUUAAGCUGAGUGGGCUUGAUCCGUCCAUGGAUAAGGGCUACCUUAUGCAGAUCUUUGAUAAGGUCGGUUAUAAAACGGUGUAUGCGCUCCAGGUGGUCCGCGAUGAUGAUGAGCCGUAUGCCUUUAUCCAAUUUGUUAACCCAGAGUCAGCUACUAUUGCCAUGAAUAAUUAUCGCAAUUGGAUGCCCCCGGGUGUUGUGCUGGAAUUGUUCAGAUCUCCAGAUGAAGGUCACCGUGAUAAGCAUCCCAAGAAUCACCACAAACUUCUCCCGGAUUUUCAUAGGUCAGAGUUGCUUAGUCUUAGUGUGGGGUGUAGCAUGCCGAGUGUUGAGCGCAUAACCGUGAAGGAUGUCAAACACAAGACCUGUGCUGCUAAAAUCUACGGAAAGGUGAUGGUUUGUGACCAUAAAUUCAUGCAGAUCAUAUAUCGCCGUGGACCGUCCCAAAGCGAAGAAAAAAGGAGCGGAGAUUAUUUAGAACUGAAAGGUCCUAAUCGUUCUGCCCUUGACUUACUCUUUGGCAUCGACAUUACUAUCAACCUCUUUGAGGAACGUGAUGGCCAAGAAAGAGUUUUUGCUAGAGGCUUUCUUUGCACUGGGGUAUUAUGAGGGUUUCUUUGAAGAGGAUGUGGAAGGUGAUGGUGGAGUUGUGAGCGUGGUGUAUGCAUCGGUGCCGCAUGCUGCUUAGACCCGGGUCUCUGUGAGUGGGCUGCUUUCAAAGAUGCAUGUCUCCAGAUGUAUCAAAGCCUCGAGGGAAAUUGUCGGGGUACAGAGGGAGUUUGUAAUCUUUGCCAGAUCUCAAGACAACCCUGUCGAUGUCGGCCUUGAUGGUUUUUUUAUGUCUAGAUUGUUCGUGCGUGAUAAUAUCAAAAUGGUCUGCUGGAUUAACCAUCUCUGUCUCUUUGAAUGUGCGUAAUGCUGAUGGGAAAUCUUGUGUUGUGCAAAAAGUUCUUGUGUUCGAUGCAGUGUUCCAGGUGGAGUCCCAGACCAUAGAGGACGACGAUGAUGUAUUUGGUGGCCAAGUCACUGUGUGCCUCACUUACGAGAAUACCCCCGAUUGUGAAUACCUGAAAGAUGCACCGUAUAGUGAAAAUGAUGAGAGUGAAGUGGAUCGACCCGAGUACGAUGAAGUGUUGGAGGUUCGCGCAUCAAUAUUGUCUCAGAAAAAACAUAAGGAUUGCUUGUAGCUUUGAUUAUUUGUCCCCUAAUGCCGUAUGCACGAUGUUUCUAUGCAUACAGAAGGGGUGCAAAAUGAGCAUCCUGCACAAACAAUAGUAAAUGGCACAAUGAAAU